AUAAAUAUUCUCCCUUUCUCCUCACACCAUUCAUCACCUUCACUGUUAUACUUCCUCAGACACACUUCCCACAUCAAGAACAGAGCACCAGCAUCAUAUGGAGGCAGUUCAGUCAUGGGUUUCAGAGCACAAGCUCACCACCAUUGGGGCACUCUGGGCAUCUGGAAUUGGAGCAUCACUUGUGACUUAUUCAUGCAAAAAGUCGCCUUUGAAGCCUAGUCUCAGGCUUAUCCAUGCCAGGAUGCAUGCUCAGGCGCUAACUUUAGCAGUGUUGUCUGGUGCAGCUGCUUACCAUUAUUAUGAGAAAGGUUCUCUUCAGCCAAAACCAGUGGCAGAUAAUAUUUCUGCCACCAAUUUCAACCAUCUUGUCGAAUAUGAUAUUCACUGUCCUUUCUAAAGUAAAAACAAUAGGGAUCAUGCUAUUGAGAUGUCCUUUAUUAAGUUAUUGCUAUUUCCUAGAAUGAAUGUUCUCCAGAACAAUUUGCAUGUGUUUGUUCUGAGAAGUUUUAUGAGAAGUGUAAUGUAUAUAAACAAGUUUUAUGACAAGUUUCAGCUUGAUUUGCAUUAUUCA